GAGUCUGCAGGGUUAAAGCUCUCCGUGAGGAAUUCAACAGGAGCUGCAGACGGAAAGAAAGAUCUGACUUCUUUCUUCAACCCAGGAGGUGCAAGCCCUAUAGUCUGAGGCCUCACCUGCCCUCCCUCAUCCUCCCCCCGCCGUCUCCUGUCUGAUCCCUGCACCUGUUCUGACUCGUCGUCAGCCAGGUGAGGGGGGAUCCUCUGGCCUUGCGCUGUUUUUGCAGCUGACCGUAGCUGUGGGGCAAUUAGGAAACCAGUCCAUUCAUUUGACUGGAUUGCUGCUUUGCUCUGUAUCUCUCUUUCUUUCUCUCUCGCUCUCUCUCUCUCUCUCUCUCUCUCUCUCUCUCUCUCUCUCUGUAUAACCCACCUCCCUGCAUAUCCCUACCCCCCUCCCACUCCAUCUCAGUCUAGCCCAGUCUGUUUGACAUUGUGUGUGUGUGAGGAGCUGCAGAAGUUUCCCUGCUGGAGUAAAAAGUGUGGAUCACAUUGCAAAGGACACAGGGGAAGGAAAGGUUGAGAAGGAAUUCUUCUGCUGGACGAGGUUGGAUUGAGGCGACUGAGAUUGAAUCGGAAAAAACUCCAAACCAAAGGAUUGUGCAUUUGGAAGAGCAGCAGGUAUGAAAAGCCAGACUGUGGUUGUGUCUGUGGCUCUGCUGGCCCUGUGCUGCCUGCUGAUCCCCAGAGGAGGGGAGAGUGCUGGGGGGAUCGUUUCUCUGCGGCAGGCUGAAGCAGAGAAGCAGGCUGGGGAUCAGCUGCAAGAUGAGCCCCUGGAAGACCCAGAGAGUGAGCAAGUACUCGCAGGGGACCCUCACCCACUGGGGAGCAGCAAAAGGGGAAAGAGAGACACAGAGGAGGCUGCACAGGCAGGUAUUUCUGGCAGGGUGAGGAGAGAGCCAGAAGAAGGUAAAAAGAAGAAGAAGGACAAGAAGAAGAAAAAAGAGCCGAAGGACCCCAACGCCACCAAAAAGCCCAAGACUGACAAGAAGGGAAAGAAGAAGGACAGGAAAACAACAACAACAACAACAACGCCAACAACAACAACAACAACUGAACCACCCACCACAACAGUGAUCCCGACUGAACCGCCCACUGAACCGUACACUGACUACGUCUAUCCUGAUGUUGACAAUGAAUACUGGAAACCAGAAGAUGACUACUGGGAUGCCGAUCCCACACCAGCCGGGCCUGAGCCUGAAGCUCCAGAAACAGAUCUUCCUUAUGAUGACUAUAAGCUGGAGGAGGAAGACCUGGCUGCUCCAGUGACAGAUAUUCCGUAUGAUGACUAUAAUCCGGAGGAGGAAGACCUGGCUGCUCCAUUAACAGAUCUUCCAUACGAUGACUAUAAGCCGGAGGAGGAAGACCCGGCUGCUCCAGUGACAGACGUCUACGAUGACUACUGGAAACCCAAGGAGGAAGAGCCAUCCACUCGGGCGCCUAAUGCUUACGAUGACUACUGGACCCCAGACGAUAAAGAACCAUACGUUCCUGUGACUGAUAAUUACGACACCUAUUGGAAAGAGGACCCGACGCCCCCCACCCCAGAGGUGGAUGGGAAGACUGAUAACUCCGACUACUGGGACAAAAAUUAUGAGGUGCCGGAGAAUCUUCCAUUCCCUGAUGGUAAAGAGGUCAGCCCUGAAAUCGAAGUAGAAAUUAUACCAGAGGAGCCCACAGCCACUCCUCCCGAUGAGGGGACAUGGUAUGAUGAUUACGACGAAUACGGAAAUAGCAGGAAAGGAGCAGAGACUGAGGACAAAUGGAUGGAGAAGGAGAGAGAAAGAGCAGCAAAAGAAAGAGCAAGGGAAGAGAAAGAGAGAGCGGAGAAGCUGAAGGAGGCCGAGGAGCGGGCCAGGAACAGACCGCGCGUCUUCAAAGAGCCAAAGAAGUGCCCUCCCCUGGGGAUGGAGUCCCACAGGGUCGAGUCGGACCAGCUCACAGCCUCCUCCAUGUCUCAGUAUAUCUUUGCACCUCAGAGGGCGCGACUCAACAUGCAGGGCUCAGAUGAUGAAGACAACAUGAGAGGAGGAGCGUGGUGUGCAAACCAGGAGGAUAAGAUCCACUGGUUUGAGAUUGAUGCUCGCAGAGAGACGGAGUUCACAGGAGUCAUAACCCAAGGACGAGACUCCAUGAACGCGAGUGACUACGUGUUGUCCUACUUCCUGGCUUUCAGCAAUGACAGCAGAGAGUGGACCACCAUCCAUGAUGGGUACACUGACUGGUUGUUUUUUGGAAACAGUGAUAAAGACACUCCGGUGAUGAAUCAGCUGGCAGAGCCUGUGCUGGCUCGCUACAUCAGAAUCAUCCCUCAGAGCUGGAACGGCUCCCUCUGCAUGAGGCUGGAGGUCCUCGGCUGCCCACGGCCCGAUCCAGUGGAUGUUCAGUACAGGCAGAAUGAAGUGACUCCAGUGGAUUACCUAAAGUUCAGACAUCACAGCUACUCAGAGAUGGUUGAAGUCAUGAAGUCUGUGAAUUCAGAGUGUCCCAACAUCACCAGCGUCUACAGCCUGGGCCGCAGCUCCAAGGGACUCGAUAUCAUGGCCAUCAUCAUCUCCAGCAACCCCACAGAGCACGAAAUAGGUGAGCCAGAGCUGCGCUUCACGGCCGGUCUUCACGGAAACGAGGCAGUGGGCCGGGAGAUGCUGCUGCUCCUCAUGCAGUACCUGUGCAAAGAGUACAAAGACAGAAACCCCAGAGCGCAGCGUCUGGUGGAGGGAAUACGCAUCCACCUGGUGCCCUCGCUCAACCCCGACGGACACAUGGAAGCUUUUGAAGCGGGAUCAGAGCUGAGUGGAUGGACCACGGGACAUUUCACUGAUGACGGCUUUGACAUCUUCCAGAACUUCCCCGAACUUAAUAGUAUCCUAUGGGAUGCUGAUGAUAAGGGUCUUGUGCCAAAACUCACUCCCAAUCACCACGUGCCUAUACCCGACAACUACGAGACCAACAGCUCGUUUGCUGUGGAAACCAAAGCGGUAAUCUCCUGGAUGAAUAGCUAUCCAUUUGUGUUAGGUGCAAACUUCCAGGGUGGGGAGUCAAUUGUAGCCUACCCUUAUGACAGCUUACGUCUCAACAAGCCUGCAGAGAGCCAGAAACCUCACAGCCGCAAGAAGAGACAGUAUGAAGAGGAAAGUUUUGAUGGGACAGAGUGGGGAAGGGGCUACCACACAGAGCCGGAGGAAGACUGGCGAUCAAGAGGACAUUCAGAGCCAGAAGAGGAGGAGAGGGGAUACGACCACAACCAAGGUUACGAACAUGGCUACGAUCAAAACCAAGGACAUGACCGUGGGUAUGAACACAACCAGGGAUACGACCGUGGAUACGACCGAAACCAAGGAUACGACCGAAACCAAGGAUACGACCGAAACCAAGGAUACGAACAUGGCUACGACCAAAACCAAGGUUACGACCAAAACCAAGGUUAUGAACAAAACCAAGGUUAUGAACAAAACCAAGGUUAUGAGAGAAGAGAGGAGGAAGAGGAUGAUCGAGGAAGAGGUGCCGAUAAUCAGUACGGGGAGCCUGAAGAUGAGCCUCGGAUGAUCCCAGACGAGUCCCUCUUCAGGUGGCUGGCUGUCUCCUACGCUUCCACUCACCUGACCAUGACGCACAACUACCAGGGCUCCUGCCACGGAGACAACGCCGCAGGGACGCACGGCAUCGUCAACCGGGCCACAUGGAAGCCAAUCAAAGGAAGUAUGAAUGAUUUCAGCUACCUGCACACCAAUUGCUUUGAGCUUUCUAUAUUCCUGGGAUGUGAUAAAUUCCCUCAUCAGAAUGAGUUGGUGUAUGAGUGGGAGAAGAACAGAGAAGCAAUGCUCAUCUUCAUGGAGCAGGUGCACCGUGGUAUCCGAGGCAUUGUGAAGGAUCAGCAGGGGAACCCCAUUUCGAACGCCACUGUGUCUGUAGAGGGAGUAAACCAUGAUGUCACGACAGCCCAAACAGGGGAUUACUGGCGGCUGCUAAACCCGGGGGAGUACCGCGUGACGGCUCGAGCUGAGGGAUACUCCCCUGUGACUAAACUCUGUGUGGUGGGGUAUCAGUCAGUGGCAACCGCCUGCAGCUUCAACCUGGCCAAGUCCAACUGGGACCGCAUCAAACAGAUCAUGGCCCUCAAUGGCAACAAGCCCAUUCGACUCAGCUAUGGCAACAACAAAGUGCAGUCACCGGCAGUUGGGAGUGGCAACAGACGUUUUGUAAACGGCAACAAUGGGGUUACAGCGAACUCGGGAGUCAUCGCCGAGCGGCAGAAGAGGCUCAGGAUAGCUCGCAUCCGUCGCCUUCGUCAACAGAGAUUACUGAAGUUAAGACCAACGACGACGUUACCCCCGACAACCACAAUUCCCACAACGCCAGAGACAACCACUUUCUGGUACGACUCCUGGACCGUAGGGGAGGGACAGUCCUCCACGCUUGGCGGAUUCACAGACUCCAUCCUGGACUAUAACUAUGAAUACAAGAUCGAUGACUAUUAAUCUUACACACACAAUUCAGUAAAUAUGCAUCUUUCCUCUCCUUCAAGUAGUUCUAAUUGCCAUGUUGUACUUUGAGCAGGCUGAUAAGGAAUCCUGUCUUUGUGACAGACAAGCAAUGGGAAGGCACAGAAUAUUAACUAGUAAUUGACUUGUAUAAAGAUAGUGUAUCUAUAACAGAACGCCUCUUCACAGAUAUUGUUAUAACAUUUCCGUUUUCAGUUCACACUGCAUUGUUCUAACUUGUUACACAGUCUGUUUGCGUCAUGAAAAUAUGUUUAUUGUAGAUGCACAUAAAAAAAAAAGUAGUUUUUUUUUUUACUUCAGAGUUAUUUACACAUAUUUUUACAGUAUGAAAAGUCACAAAAGGGUUCAAAAAGCUUACAGCGAUUCAGAGGGAAAGGGUCUUUUGUCAUGUUGCCUCAGACGCAGCAAUAAAGUAGUUAUUUUUCAAAUAAAGGUUUGUUACUGUAAUACA